AAGCAGAUGUUCCUCCUCUGGUGCCAAUUCUUACAAUUUUUCUUUUGCAUUUGGAGAAGGUGUUCUUUCGCCGGGAAGGCUGCAAAGUGACAAGAAACAACAAGAAAACUGGACUCCCUCCUCGGCUCAGUGAGAGAGGGAGAGUUGUGAGCGGAUAGCGGCUUUUUUUUCUCCUCCCCGGACAAAUACAGUACAGUCAACCCGCGGCGGCGAGCGAGGAAGCGGCUGUAUUUACCACACCUGUGAUGCGUUGUUCUGAGCAACGAAGACGCACGACCGGGAUACAGAUGGCCACGCUACGGCGGGAGGAUAUGUGUUGAGGAAAGAAGGACUUGGGCGUUGAGAUAAAGGCGUGAAGUGCCACAGAGGACACUCUCCGGACCUUAAACAGUUCAGUGUGCCCAGCGUUUCUUCUCUGCUCCCUGCCUUUUGAAACUUAAGUGAUAAAAAAAAGCACGAAGAUGCCCUUACUUCUGGGCCCCUUUGUCCGCUGUAGGUUCAGCGCUACGCUCCUUGUGCUCUGGCUCGUGUUCGCUGGCUUCACCUGCACUGGCUCAGAGCACGCUGCCACAGCAACACUUCCUGCCGCCUUCUCGGACCUGUUACCUCACUUCCUGGUGGAGCCAGAGGACGAGUACAUUGUGAAGAACAAGCCGGUGACGCUGACCUGCCGCUCUACACCAGCUACGCAGAUUUACUUCAAGUGCAACGGCGAGUGGGUUCACCAGGACGACCAUUUGAUUGAGCGUACUGUUGACCCAGCCACAGCGCUGCCAGUCAUGCAGGUGACAAUUGACAUAACCAGACAGCAGGUGGAGAAGAUCUUCGGUCUCGAUGAGUACUGGUGUCAGUGUGUCGCCUGGAGUACCACCGGAACCCAGAAGAGCCAAAAAGCGUACAUCAGAAUUGCUUACCUGAGAAAGAACUUUGAGGAGGAGCCGCAGGGUAAAGAGGUGGCAUUGGACCAGGAGGUGUUACUGCGCUGCCAUCCCCCCGAGGGAGUGCCACAAGCCGAGGUGGAGUGGCAGAGAAACGAGGAUGUUGUCAACCCAGUGAGCGACCCCAAUUUUUUCAUCACGGCUGACCACAAUCUCGUCAUCAAAAAAGCCCGGCUGGCGGACACAGGCAACUACACGUGUGUGGCCAAAAACAUCGUCGCUCGCCGCAAAAGCACCUCUGCCACGGUCCUAGUCUAUGUUGACGGAGGCUGGAGUGAGUGGAGCAAGUGGUCGGCGUGCGGCGCAGACUGUUCGAUGUGGAGGAGCAGGGAGUGCACCCAGCCUUCACCUGGCACAGGGGGCAAAGACUGCCAGGGGCUCGACCUCCAGUCUCUCAACUGUACCAGCGAGCAGUGCCCACAGACUGUGAGCGGGGCAGAGGACGUGGCACUCUACGUGGGCAUGGUGGCGGUGGCUCUGUGUUUAACCCUGCUUCUCAUCGUGGUGGUCUUGGUCUACCGGCGCAAGAAGGAGGGCCUGGAUGCCGACGUGGCAGACUCCUCCAUCCUCACCACUGGCUUUCAGCCCAUGGGCAUCAAGCCCAGCAAGCCAGAGAAUUCCCAUUUGCUCACCAUCCAGCCUGAUCUAACCACUACCACCACCAGUUACCAAGGCACCCUACGCUCUCGCCAUGAUGCCACUGGGAAGUUUUCAAUGACCAACGGGCCUCUGCUGGACCCGCUUCCCAACGGCUCGCACACUCUGCACAAUGGCAAGCUUAAUUCGGACCAUGCUGAGUUUGUGAGCAGGCUGUCUACUCAGAGCUACUUUAAAACGCUGCCUCGUGAUGUAGCCAAUACCUCCUAUGGGACCUUCAACUUCCUGGGAGGGAGGCUGACAAUCCCCAACACAGGAAUCAGUCUGCUCAUUCCUCCCGAGGCCAUCCCCAGAGGAAAGAUCUAUGAGAUUUAUCUCACUGUUCAGAGGAAGGAAGAUUUAAGGUUACCCCUGGCUGGCUGCCAGACCCUGCUCAGUCCCGUUGUGAGUUGUGGCCCUCCUGGGGUGGUCCUGAGCCGGCCAGUUAUCCUCAGCAUGGACCACUGCUCUGACGCAUGCCUCGAUAACUGGGCCGUCCGCCUCAAGAAGCAGAACUAUGAGGGCGCUUGGGAGGACGUCCUGCUGAUGGGGGAGGAGCUGGUGUCGGAGCCCUAUUAUUGCCAGCUUGAGGCCGAGACGUGCCGGCUUUUCACAGAGCAGCUGGGCACCCUCGCCCUGGUGGGAGAGUCCCUGCACAUGGGCGCUGCCAAGCGCCUGAGGCUGGUGCUCUUCUCUGACGCAUACUGCUCCACGCUGGAGUACAACAUCAGGGUCUACUGUAUGGACGACACGCAGGACGUCUUCAAGGAGGUGAUGCAGAUGGAGCGCCAGCUCGGGGGUCGGCUGAUUGACGAGCCUCACGUCCUGCUUUUCAAAGACAGCUACCACAACCUGCGCCUCUCCAUCCAUGACAUGCCCCAGGCACACUGGAGGAGCAAGCUGCUAGCCGGCUACCAGGAGAUCCCGUUCUACCACAUCUGGAAUGGUUCCCAGCGGUACCUGCACUGCACGUUCACUCUGGAGCGACUCAGCCUCAGCACCUGUGAGCUCACCUGCCAGCUGUGCGUGUGGCAGGUGGAGGGGGAGGGGCAGAGCUUUAGCCUCGACUUUAACAUUGCCAAGGACACCCGAGCUGUGGACUCUGAGUUUCUGUUAAUGGACAGUAACGCCACAGCUCUGGCAGGGCCCAGCGCCUUUCAGAUCCCGUACCUCAUCAGGCAGAAGAUCUGCAGCAGCCUGGAUGCCCCCUGUCCCAACGGAGCCGACUGGAGAAUGCUAGCACAAAGACUUAAACUUGAGAGACACAUGAGUUUCUUUGCAUCCAAAGCGAGCCCAACCUCUGUGAUCCUGGACCUGUGGGAGGCACAACAUUUCCACAGUGGCAACAUCAACCAGCUGGCCACGGUCAUGGCUGACAUUGGCAAACAGGAAGCCAUGAUAUUCCUGGUCUCUGAUGGCGAGUGCUAACCCAGAACAGGGGGAGAGACUGGUGCAGAGGAAAAGUACAGAACACAACACAAAAAAAAAAAAAAAACAACGGCAGCAGGAAUCGAAGAGGAGAGCUCUCCCAAUGUCCCUCUUCUUCACUCCAGAAGAUAGUAAAGGGUUUAUAUAGGAUUGAGUCCGUUUCCCAUCGAACAGAGUAAAAAUCUUUAAACUGACCAAAUAAGGGAAAAGGAAGUGUUUAGGGGUGUGGGGAAAUGUAUCCAUGAACUCAGUAUAGAAAAUACCCUUUAUUUUCCAUCAAAGAUCUAAGUUAAAUUAGUUCACACCAUGGCUCUACUUUAAAGAUAACAUUAAAUUAACUUCAUGCCUUUUUUUAUAAAUAGCCCAUUAUGGCUAAUCUGGAGCAAUAUGCAAACGUAAUGCUAUUACUAAUGGCCUAUAUUUCGCAAAUUCAAUGAAUCAUUUUUGAACCUAGAAAAUGAUUAAAAAUUAAAUAAAAGGGAUGUGACAAAAGGUGCCAGUCAUUUCAGGUUCAAGAGAACAGGCGACAUAUGCAACUGGCAGAUUUGUUACAUGACAUUAAAACAGACACUGAGCACAUUUUUGACAAGGUCAUCAGGGUCUGUAAGCGUCCCCUCCCGUCCCGCCUACUCCCAAACCCUGUCUUAUAUGUGUCAUUAUCUGUUUCUUAAAACACACACAUAGAUGGCUUGUAGCACAUCCUGGACUCGCAGGUUUAAAAUAGAUUGUACGUAUGUCAGAGGCCCAAAAACCUGUCUCAUCUCGUUUGUGUGUUUUUUAGUCCAACCGGUAUCACUACUGUGAAUGUAACAUCUUGACAUCUUGAUUCAGCGAGACGCUUCGCAGCUUUCCUGCUUCUAAAUCAAUAUAUGUGGGGUUUGGGUUCUUUGAACUUUUUUGAGGGGGGAGUGAGUAAUAUCUUCACUAAAGUCAUAUUUCAGAAGCCAUUUCUAUGGAAACCCUGUGAAUUUGAUCUGUCCGCGUCUCGCAUUACCCCAAUCGUUCAUCGUGGCUUUUUUUUUUUUUCAAAUUCCACAGCUAAUAAAGGAGCCAUAGGCUUCCAGCUGCAUAUACGUGAACACUGAAUGUCGUCAAAGCUCAUUUCUAAAAUGACAUCUUCCUCCUGAUUACAUUGAUUCUGUAGCAGAGAGGAUGUUAAAACAUAAAAGCAUGGCCAAAAGGGUUAUUAUCCCAUAUGAAUAAUGCAGAGCACUUUCCCACAGAAGAUCUGUCAACAAAUUCUUCAAAAUUCUUCAAAACCAGAUUACUCACGUUGAAAGAGUGGCUGUGCAACUUUGUUUUUAUAAUUCAUAGUGGGAAUUCUAUAUUUGCUGUGUGGCAAACAGUAUUUCCACAUCAGAGAAACGCCUGUCUCUCAGAGAAAGUUAAGAGUGGCUUAUACAUAAUGUCACGCCUCUGCUCACAAAAGAUGCUUUGAAAGGAUUUUUUUCAGUUUUAUUUCCAGCCAGGAUGGCAAAAAUGAUCCAGCAGAUUCAUGCAACAAAUCAUAAACUGCAACUACGCACUUGCUUAUCAUAUUUUGCUACUGCAUUCAUUUACAGAGUUUUUUCCUAUUAUUAAUGGAUCUGUCAGGUCAGGCAACAUAAAAUACACAAAAUAUCUUUAAAGUGCAGUGGAUCAGUAAUUAUUCUUUGUAAAAGGUGUGAGCAAUCCCAAACUAGCCAUAGUUCUCUCUCCGUCUGCCUCAGGGUUGCAUGUGAAGUUGUCUGUUCAAGUUGUAAAGAGAGCCCCUUUUCAUUCAGUCCCUCCCUAUUCAAACAGCUAGCACAGCCCAUCUUACCAGCUCCUGUGGCUUCAACCUUUAACACUAACUGGAGCCUCUUUUAUGAUUGUCAGAUAUUUGGAAUGUACAUUUAUGUUUCCUUGUAGUGGGGGAAAAGUGUGUCUUUCUUUUUUCCCUUUAAGUGUUUAGAAGUUACUUUAUAUUUGUGUGGCAUCUCGGCACCCGUUCAGCCUCUUUCUCAUCCUGCAAAACACGCCUCCUCUUGACCAACGCGUUUUUACAAACUCCUGUAUUAUUUGAUGUAGAGAUGCCAUGAAAUCAAAUUUAAAAUGUUUUUUAUCCACUUUAAAAAACCCUUGGAUCAAGCCCCAUUCAGACAAAACGACGAUAUCACCUUAAAUAAAUCUUUUCAUGUUGAAAUGGAUCAUCGUCACAUGUAAUAUGUAAAUACUUUUUCUAUACCAGCCGUGUGCUGUCACUUUGCAUAGUGUAUAUCAGCAGAAUUGGUAACCAAAGUUUUAUGAAUAUCAUUUGAGGCCACUACAUCCUCAUAUUGUAUCCAUUAAAUAUUGUUUAAGCAUUGUUUUACUUGCAGCUAGUAUAGAAUAAGUCAGAGUUGCUGUCUCUUCUAAACUGCGGACAGUCCGGAUCAUUUCUAUAUCUCAUUUACUCGCUUUUGUCUUUGAGGCAAGUUAAUGCUGUUUGUUCAAGCGGUAAUAUGUGUCAGUUUAUUUUAUCACUUUGUAAAGAAAUGUAAAUUAUAUUUUAAUAUGAAGCCAAAAAAAGACACUUAACUGGCGCAGCAUUUGUCAAGUCUAAACCGUGACGUGUUUGCCUAUAUACUGUUCUUUGGCGAUCUAGCAGUGAAGACUUUUUGCAGUGUUAAGGGUUUAGAGACUGUUUUACAGGAAGUUUCUAUACAUAUUUUGUUCGUCCUUACUCUGCAUAUGUCUACCUGAUUAUUUCUCUAACUGUAAGCAUUUAAAUACAAGGUGGAAAUAGUCACUAAUGCUUAGUGGAUCACUACACUAGGACAUCAGUUCUCGGACACUGACGAGCCAGUGUUAACGCAGCAUGUUUUCGAUGAGCCAUGGCAGUUGUACAGUCAGACUGUGUGUGUGAAACUCUAUCACCUCUGUCAUUGUCUUGGAUGUGUUGUCUAAGCACAUUUCAGUAAUGUAAUUCACCAGCCGCCAGGAUGUUCAGCAUCUAUCUUCACAUCUCGUCCAACAAAUCUAACAAAUCUGCAAUUACUGUGCGUGUGUGAUGAAUACAGUUCCCUUCAUGAUGAGAUGUGGGCCUGAUAGUGGUGUCUAAGACUUGUGUCAGUAACAUAAAUGCUUUGUUCAAAGGUUUAUAAGUUUACCCCCGAGUUAUGGGGGCAGGGGGAUUGUUGCAUCUCACAACUGUACUUUUUGUGUCACUCAUUACUAUUCAGUGUCAAGGACGUGUGUGUGUGUGUGCGUGAGUGAAUGAGUGAGUGACUGGGUGUGUGCAUACCUCCCUGUCACUCUCUGACUGAACUGUUUUCUUUUUGAACUAAGAACAAUAGACUUAUGUACUUGUGAAUGGUUUUUCUAUUUAGUUCCUUGAUUCAAUGUUCCUUGCCUUUCUGCAAGUCAAAAAUGCUGUAUUUAUUACAUGCCACAGCGCUUAUGCAAUUGUAUAAUCCUUUUGUUUGUUUUUUUGUUUUUUUAACCUUUUGUGUUCCUUAUCGUCAAUGUAAAUUGUUGUCAAAACUUUUGUGGCAAUGGAAAAACUUCUGCUAAGGGAGAUUUUCUGUACUUUUUUGGACAAUGAUAUGGAUUUGUGGGUAGAAUUUUGGAAAUUCGUUUCUAAGUGCUUUCAAGUAUUUACUUGGCCUUAUGUAUAUAUAUAUCUAUGACAUUUCAGAAAGGUAUGUAUAGUAAUUCAACCUGAAAUUGUUGUAAAUAAAUUAUAUAUUGUUAAA